CCGGUGGUGAUCGCGCACGAGUGCCCCAGCGCGAUGCGCGCCCACGUCCUGGAGGUGCCGGCGGGGCGCGACGUGCUGUCGUGCGUGGCGGCGUUCGCGCAGCGCGGGCGCCGCGGCGCGCUGGUGCUGGGCGCGGCCGGGCGCGUCGUGGACGCCGUGCUCUGCAGGGAGCCCUCGCCGCUGGUACUCCGGGGCACGGCGGAGAUCCUGGGCCUGGUCGGGUGCUUCUUCCCGUCGUCCGCCUCGCCGGCGGGCGUGGCGGUGUUCCUGGCUGGGCCGCGGGGCGGCGUGCUGGGUGGCAGCGUCGCGGAGGGAGGGCUCGUGGCCGCCGGGCCGGUGGUGAUCAUGGUGGCCACGUUCGUCGCGGCCGCGUUCGACCGGUUGCCGCUGGUGAAGGGGGACGAAUCCGCCAGGGCUGACGGGUGCGGCGUGGCCGGACACUGGCGGUGCGUUGGCCUGCCGCUGCAGCAACAGUGCGGCUGGGCGCCGCUGUGUGGUAAGCUGGGCGCGAAGAGCUGA